CUGUUUCGAUGUGAGGGACAAAUGGCACAUCCAUUUCAUGAUUCUCCGGGCACCAGUCGUCAGAGGUUGAUACUCUGACCAUGCGAAAGGCUUUCUGUGCAUCCUUUGGUGUUCCUGACGUUCGAAUGAUGCAGAUGGGAGGAUUCCAUGGUUCGCAAUGCUUCGCAAAGCUAGAAUAAAGCAUGAGUGGUAGGUUGAGGAGGUAACCAAAUGUUUGUCAUGGAUUAGGAUACCAUUUUAGAAACGAUUGCACCGGUGUGCCCCUCAAUCUGUCAGCCUAUUCAGUGGCAUCUGAAUAUGUUGUCUUGAUUAUCCAGAACUACCGCAGUAGCAAUCGUGUGCUUCUCAAUCUGUCGACAACCCAAUUAGGGAGGACAUAUGUUCUCUGGAAACGGAGCUGUCGGGUCUUGAACCUCGGCCGGAGUGUUAGCUGUCUCCGAGAAUGGCAGCGUACCUAUCCAAGAAAACACAACAUUUUUGCAUCGUUUUGAUUUCACUACGGAGUAUAUUUCACGUCUUUGGAGACGCAGCUGAAGUCAGACAGGAGCCCAUUCGGGGACGUCCACAAACUAUACGACCAGGUGCCACGGCAGGGAGUUCGAAAUUGGGAGUGGUGAUCGGAAUCAUGAGCGCAGUGAUUUUUGCCGGACUGGUUUUAUUGUGCUGUUUCUGCCACAAGAAGGAAAAACUCGAAGGGAUGUUUGCGCGCUCGAAGUCUCGAGUCGGCCCUGUUCCGGAAAGCGAGCUCCAGACUAAUGACAGAGUCGUAGCCGAGCAACCGUCUGUCACUGAAGUAUAGAAGGAAUCCGCGGAUAGUCCCAUCAUCCAUAUUCGACGACCAUUUUUCAGAUACCAUUUUGGAGAAUCAGAGUAUCAAGCUUGGAUCAGCCUGAUAAUGAAGAUUCGAAUUUUGACAUAGAUCAGUUGAAUAUGGAAGCAAACGAGAGGGUAAUUCAGAGGAAUCAUUCGCCUUCAUGGGGAAGAGAUCGUGGAUCUAACGGAACACUGGGUUCGGACGGAUGUGUUCGUUGAACGCUGAGAGACGAAGGGCAGGCUAUAUCCAGUUCAUACCCUACGUUUGGAAAACAGAGUACGAUACGUACCUGGUAAGCCCAAGUCUUACGUCGACAGAGGGGAAUAGAGAGUUAUAUCUGCUUCUGAAUCUUAUUCCAAACGACGAUCGAAGAUGUGUAUUCGGCUAGAAAGAAUAGGGUAGCAGAGAAUUCAGAUGUUUCAGCGGCAAGAUACUGCUACAUUUUUGGUUCAGGAACCGUCACUCAGCUCCAGGACUGAUCCCAUCGAAGACAACAGCGAUACAACGAUAAAAAUGACACCUUAUGAGGCCACGCAUUUACCGGAGAUUGUGCAGCUGUGGAAGCUCUACGGGUGUUCCUAAUCAGUCGACUAGGACACCACUCCGAAGCUAUAACUGCGUGAAAAACUUAUUACGCGAAAAUUCCCUCGGUAAGUUUGGAAUUCGUAUCCAGAAAAUCGGCUAGAUUGACAGAUAUCUUGGAACGGAAACAACGAGUUAAAUCUUUUCAAAAUUCCAACUGCAGAUGGGUAAGGAGUAGGUCAUGGCGAAGACUCUGGUUUCAUCGCUGAAAUGGUAAUCUGCUAGCAAAAUUGCACUAGUAAGAAACCAGUGGUUUUCUGGACAGCAUAGUUUGAGUUAUGAUGGGUAGUGAUGGAGCAACCUCCAGGGUUUUGUACAAAGUACUGUAACAUAACAAGUACAAAGUAAGAACUGAUGAUAACAUCCUCGGUC